AUGACCAGCAAGAGGCGCUGGAGGCGUCGUUUUCGCCUGAUUCCCAAUUUGUUUUUUGUGGUUCGUCAGACCGCUGCAUUCAUGCUUGGUGUACAGAAACAGGUAAAAGAGUGGCCACGUUUGAAACAGAGCACGAUAACCACUUAA